AUGUUUUCCAGUUUCCCUCUCUCGAAAUCUGCGCCCUCGAGCUUUGCCCCAGUGGCUCUGAAAGCACCGCAGGACCUUGCGGGCAAAGUCGCCCUCGUCACUGGUGCCUCCAGAGGCAUAGGCGCUCAAAUCGCCGAGGAGUUGGCAAAGCGAGGAGCCCACCUCUUCCUGACCUGGACCCCCUCGCCGGACAGCCGAGCCAGCGCAACCUCAGUCAUAAACCACAUCUACCAAGCCAACACCGGCGUCAGCGUUCGAGGAAUGCCAAUCGACCUAACAGAACCCAAAGCUCCGUUCCAAGUAAUCCACGAAUUGAUCAAAUACUUUCCCCACAUUGACAUUAUCAUUAACAACGCCGACCAGCCCUCUCACAGCGCCAUCCCAGACGCCGCUCAGUCCUAUCUCAGGGCACCAGCUAGGAUCAUCAACAUCUCCUCCGUAGCGGCUAGGGUUGGGGGCCCGACUACGAUUGUUUACGCUAUGAGUAAGGCUGGGCUGGAAGCGAUGACGAGAGGGAUGGCGAAAGCGUUUGGGAAGGAUGGUACCACUGUUAAUGCGGUAGCGCCGGGGAUUGUGGAGAGUGAGUUGUUGGAGAAAGCAGGGCAGGACUUCAUCAAGGAGAAAGCGGCGUUGACGCCUGUGCAGCAGAGGGUUGGGAAGCCGGAUGAUGUUGCGCAGGUAGUGGCUUGGCUUGCGGGUGAGGGGAGUAGGUGGGUUAGUGGGCAGACUAUUUGUGCUAGUGGCGGGUUCAUGAUGGUGUAG